CCUUCCAUGUUGACGAAGAAGAACCCACGAGGGGGCGGGAGCCACUCCCAAGUCCCCAUCUCCCCAAUCUCCAUGCAUCCGAAACCCCAAAAUCAAAAGCAAAAAAAAAAAAAAAAAGAGAGAGAGACGCUCCUCCAAUUUCCCAACUCCCCAGUCGGCAAGCCAGCGUCUCCACGGUUUCACACUGCCACGCAGACGCGCAGAUCAAAUCUCAAAUCUCAGCGGCAGCAGAUAGCACUAGUUUAAUCCAGUCGCCACCGACUCCUAAGCUAAAUCACACUCUACUCCGCUCCUCUGCUCCCGUACGCUUCGCGGCGCGUCGCUUUUGCACCGCUACUCCCGCGCCACCGAUACACAUCGCCGCCGGAGACACAGGGGCCGCCGAACUAGAGAAGCAGGAGAGGGUGGGGGUGGCGCUGGGACGCGAGGCCCUCCUCGGGAGAUGAAGGCCAAGGCCCUCCCCUUCGUCGCCUUCGAGCACAAGCGGGAUGCCUAUGGUUUCGCCGUGCGGCCACAACACCUGCAGCGGUACAGAGAGUAUGCAAACAUCUACAAGGAGGAGGAAGAGGAGAGGUCCGAGAGAUGGAGGAAUUUUCUUGAUAGGCAGGCUGAGGACAACGAAUCAUCUGGAGAGGACUGUAAGGUUGCACCUUCCAAUGAGGAUGAAGGAGCUGCUGGCAAGAAUGCCGAGGAUGGCAGGUCAAAACUGUCGGAUGAGAAGACACCGAGGCAGCCAAGACCACAUAAGAUCCAAAUAUGGUCCCAAAUUAGGCCCUCCUUGGGCCACAUUGAGGAGAUGAUGAGCUCACGUGUCAAGAAGAAGCAAUCUUCUGCCGACGAGGAGUACACGAGGGAUGCAGUGCACCCUGAUACUCCCGAAGAGAGCAAGUCAUUGGAGGAUUCUGAUGAUGAGUUUUAUGAUGUAGAGAAGGUUGAUCCUAGCCAAGAAGUGCCUGUGGCUGACAGUGCCAAUGCUGAUUCAGGCACACAUAUAGGUGUGGUUCAAGAGGGAUAUUAUCCUUGGAAGGAAGAACUGGAGUGUUUAGUCCGUGAUGGGUUACCAAUGGCUCUGAGGGGAGAGCUAUGGCAAGCUUUUAUUGGUAUUGGAGCUCGUCGGGUGAAGGGGUAUUAUGAGAGUCUCCUUGCUGCGGAUAGUGAUAGAGAAGACAGCAAAUGCUCUGAUUCUCCAACCACUGAACAUGGUGAUGGAAAACCAAAAGCAUCUCAACCAUUUUCUUCUGAAAAGUGGAAAUGUCAAAUAGAGAAGGAUUUGCCUAGAACAUUUCCAGGACAUCCUGCUCUAGACGAGGAUGGCAGGAAUGCUUUAAGACGCUUGCUCACAGCUUAUGCUAGACAUAACCCAUCAGUUGGUUACUGCCAGGCAAUGAAUUUCUUUGCGGGUUUGUUACUUCUGUUGAUGCCAGAGGAGAAUGCAUUUUGGGCAUUGACAGGCAUUAUGGAUGAUUAUUUUGACAGUUACUUCUCUGAAGAAAUGAUUGAGUCACAGGUGGAUCAGCUUGUUUUUGAGGAGUUAGUCCGAGAGAGAUUCCCAAAACUAGUAAAUCACCUUGAUUACCUCGGCGUACAAGUUGCAUGGGUUACUGGGCCAUGGUUCCUAUCUAUUUUCAUGAACAUGCUUCCCUGGGAAAGCGUUCUUCGUGUUUGGGAUGUGCUUCUAUUUGAGGGAAACCGCGUGAUGCUCUUCCGGACAGCCCUUGCACUGAUGGAGUUGUAUGGUCCUGCACUUGUGACAACAAAAGAUGCCGGGGACGCAGUAACCCUUUUGCAGUCUUUAGCUGGUUCAACUUUUGACAGCAGCCAGCUUGUUUUAACAGCUUGCAUGGGAUAUCAAGCUGUAGGUGAAGCAAGGCUGCUGGAGCUGAGAAAUAAACACCGGCCAUCUGUUAUAUCUUCAAUGGAACAGAGAGCAAAAGGUCUUCGUGUAUGGAGGGACACCAAUGGUCUUGCAUCAAAGCUAUAUAAUUUCAAGCGUGACACUGAACCAUUGGUGUCAUUAUCAGAAGAACAGUUAAGUGACUUUACAGAUGGCAAUAGGAACCAAGAAACCAAUUCUGGUAACAUGGAUGAUAUGUAUCGUGGCCUCACUGUCAACACCGAGAUUGACUCUUUGCCUGAUCCUAAAGACCAGGUGGUCUGGCUGAAGGGUGAAUUAUGCCAACUGUUAGAGGAGAGAAGAUCAGCUGUUUUGAGGGCUGAUGAACUAGAGACAGCACUGAUGGAGAUGGUUAAGCAAGAUAACAGACGCGAAUUAAGUGCAAAGGUUGAGCUGUUGGAACAAGAGUUAUCCAAGCUGAGGCAAGCUCUAUUAGACAAGCAAGAACAGGAGCAAGCAAUGCUUCAGGUCCUGAUGCGUGUAGAGCAAGAACAGAAGGUCACAGAGGAUGCCCGUAUCUGUUCCGAGCAAGAUGCUGCUGCUCAGAAAUAUGCUGCACACGUGCUCCAGGAAAAGUACGAGGAAGCUAUGGCUUCACUUGCACAAAUGGAGAACAGAGCAGUUAUGGCAGAAACAAUGUUGGAGGCAACACUUCAGUAUCAAUCUAGUCAGCAGAAAGCACAGCUGCCAUCCCCUUCUCCUUCUCCAAGGACACCAACACGAGAUGCAUCACCUGGCCAAGCGAACCAAGAUUCAUCACAGGAGUUCCAUCCUAGAAGAAUAAAUUUGCUUGCCCCGUUUUCGCUUGGAUGGCGCGAUAAGAACAAGGGCAAGCAGAACAGCACCGAUGAGUCGAUGAACGGCAAGCUUAAUAAUAACACUGAGCAAAGGGUUGAAACCCCCAAUAAGGGCGAUGUAAUGCUGGGAGACCUGCCGAAUGAGGGUGAACACAGAGUAGAAACACCCAAAGGAGAUAGUGUGCCCAGAUUAGAGACCCCGAAGAUGGAUGGCAAUCUGUCAAGUGUCCAAGGGACCACAAAUAAGAUGAAUGGGCAUGAGGAUCAGUUGGAAGAAAUAAAAUUGGAUUGAUAAAGAGGUCAUCCUUCAGCUGAUUUUCACCAAUUUGGUUAGUGACAACACAUGGCGCUAUUUUUUAAAUUAUAUAUUGUUGUAUUUAUUUUUUUCCCUUCACCGUUUUUCCUCUUUAUUUUUAUCCUUAUUUUGCGAAUACAUCUUUCUUGCAGUAUAGAUUCAAUCUUUUGUACCAUAACUUGAGGGUGAGUGAAUAAGUUAUAUUUUGCUUGUUAAUUCACGAUGGGCUGUAAGUUAUCAAUAGACACAGGAAAAAGUGUACCAAAUGGAAGAACACAAUGCAGUGUAUGGAAGAGCCUGGUCGCUAUUAACAUCUCAUAUAAGAAAGAUUAUUGUGUGGCCUAGUGACUUUCUGGUUGCUUA